AUGUCAACCUCUAGAGCUGAGUCUCAGCAACCGCGGUUUGGUCGGGCACGCUCAGGGACAGGGCAAUCCAUUCUCAGGCCACUUCCACCUCCCCCUCGUCUCAAAGAUGGCGAUUUCAAGGUUCUGAAUUCUUGGGUUCACGACAUUAGGGAAUCCGCAAAUGUCAUCUUAAAUCAAGCUUUAUGGCCAGGAGUUGCCGAGGGUGAUGUGUUGAGGGUUGUGAGCAGCAACGCGGAGGAUAGGGAAUCGGGGUUUCUGUUCAUAGUUCCGAAGGAUGAAGGGUGUGUGAAGACGCAACUGCAGAUAUCCAUCCCAAAAGCGGUUGCAGACGCGUGUGGUUUUAGAAAUAACGGGGAGGUGACAGUUACGAAGGUUGACAAGGAUGCUUGCUCCGCUGAUUAUGUAGAAUUCACCUUUCAAGACCAGUACCUAGGCCGAAACGAUAUGUGGAGGCUUGGGGAAGACCUUGUUGGCCAGUGCGUCUAUACCCACCAGGAGAUACUUUUCAUUGGCGGGAUAGCUGCAAAGAUAUCGGACAUCUAUAUCAAAGGCAAGAGGGUCUCCACCGCAUGCAUGGGCCGCGCCACGAAAGCCAUCUAUAGGUCCCUCUCGGCUAAGGUCACCAUUUUCAUUCAAGUUUGUCAGGAACUCUGGGAAUUCUCUGGCGACGGGGAACGCUACAACGAAAAAAUUGUACAUUCCUUCCUACCGGAACUCUUUGCGAAGUGGCGUGAAGCCGGAACCAAUCACACAGUAACGAUUGUCCUCAUUUCCCGCGUGUAUUAUGAGGAAUCCGAAAUUGAUUACGCCGCUGGACCUCUUCGUCGCGAUGAAAGGGGAAACUGGUACAAGGACUUUUUCAAGGUUAUCACCGACUUGGAGGUCAUCUAUGAAUGGAAGCCAACCCUUGUCAGCUUGAAAAACUCAUUCUGGGACUUUCAGCGGGAUAUUCUUCUUACCCACCAUUACCACCGCGCUUGUCUUGAGAGCGGCGUUGGACUCCCUGGUCAAGUUCGUCUUGUCGGUCGUCUCUCAUAUGCUCAAGACGGACCUGUGUUGGAGGCGCUCAAUCUUGGCCUGAAUCCAGCCGAAACCCAUUACAUUGAUCGCUCUCUUUCUCUCACUGGCGCAACGACGAUCCUAAUAUCUCCGGGCACAGGGUACUUUCGGGUUUCAAAGCAGCUUCUUCGCCUUACGACAACCCGGAUGCUAGAUCAAGGCCUUGGGUUGGAUCUUGUCCUCCUAACGAAACCGCCUCUUCACCAGAGUCCCAUCUUUAGCUUUCAAGGCACGGAAUUGGAAUCAAGGACAGACUUGGAAGAUAAGGUGGAUCCGCUCUCCAUAGAUCCUCUGUGGGGCGGAGGCGAUGAAACUGCGGGAGAUGCAAGAAAGAAGAAAACUUUUUGGUGGGAACCAUUCUGGAUAUCGACAACAUUCUGGGAUAUACAAAUGGAUCUGCCGCUCAGACAGGACAGAUUUGUCGCUCGCGCUAAGAUGCAUGAAAUUCAGAUGCUCGGUCUUCUGGAGCAUGACGUCCUGCCUAGUAUCGAAGUCCCCUACUUGAAAGAAAGGACACCAUCUUCUCUGCUCUCAGAUUCUGCUGACGAUGAACCGCUGACGAAGGACGAGGCAGAUAGGUUUGAUAUGGAGAUUUUUGCAACUAACUCAACCCCGACUAUUGGCCAACCUACCAUCACAGCUACUCCAGGAUACCGACCAAACCACGAAAAGCGCAUCUCUCAUCGUAAUUCUAUAGCUGCGUCUCGGAUCGCCACGAUUGAAGAGAGUCCUAAGACGAUCAUGAAGGAACUACCUCCAGAAGGACCUCCUGGUGGUCUCCUUAGCGCUGUUAUGUCUCUUAGUGAAGCGAACACGUCCCCCGCCCCCUCUAUACGCUCUCUUCAGUCCGACAAAUCCGCCUCCAGCAAAACUUCCGGGCGGAUGACCAUCUCGAAGGGGAGCCUUGCGUCAAAAUUGGCUCCGGCCUGGCUCUUCAAUCCGUUUCGCAGUGGCCCCAGCGAACCCCAGACAUCACAAAUCUCUGCAUCUGCCUCUUCCUCUUCCGCCCAUGCUACGCUAUCCCCACUUCUUCCUUAUGUAACACCCCAAUCUCCUCUGCGAAUGCCUGCGCCAGUUACACCCACUGUCCAGCAAAUCAUGCCGGUGGCCAUCAAAAAUAAUUCAGCGAGCCGCUCCAGCCUUAGUCGGACCUUUGAAGAGGAAACACUCAUUCCACAGAAAUCGUCUUUUAUCCGACGUUCCCCCCUCAACAGCCCUCCCCGCGAAGGGGGGUUGUCUGCUAAACGUCGGAGCACAACUAGUAUUUUGGCACAGUCGUUAUCAUCCUCCUCAGGAUCGUUUUCGAGUCCUUCGCAGCUUGAGCAACCCGCAUCGUACGCUCAGAGGUUCAUGUCAGGUCGAUGGCAGCACAUCUUACCACAGAAGAUAAACAAGCAUGAGAUCAAGUGGAAAUCCCUCAUCACCCCAGGUUGCUUACCUUUGACUGUGGAGCACUUCCCUUCUACGGCCGAGCUUGAAUCGUCGUAUGACGUGUUCUCUUACGACUUCGUUGUCGACCCUGAGGAAACGAAGUCCUUUCUCGUUAAACCUCCCCCAAAAGGUUCUGCAGAUGAGAUGCGAAGAGCAUGGGCCCUCGUCGUCAUGAGAGGGAUGACUGCUGUAAGGUUGGCGCAAGGUUUCCAGUUUGUCUUGAAGUCGCAAGACCAAAAAGGCCAUAUGGAAGAUGAUAAGACAGCACUGCGCCGGUCCAAGUCAUUUGUCGGAGAGGAGAAGCUGACUCCUGCGCCUGUUGGAGCCGCAGACGUCCUUCGCUCAACAGCUGAUCCGGUCUAUCUUAGCAUAACGAAGGAAAUUCACCGGAUUUCGUUUACUGGAGAGGCCAUUCAAGUACGGCGGUAUGUCCGACGGAUGAUCCCGACACGAGAGUUUGAGUAUCAGUGCUUAAUAUGGCCGAAACUUGGGGUGGGCUACACUGAGCUAUCGACUAAAUUCUCAUCUCAUGGUCUUGAAAAUUACGGUUGGAACAGGCUCGACAUGUUGGUGGCGGGUUAUGAGCAGGAGUUUUCUGAAUCUCUCCAUUACUGGCGGACGAGAUUUGUUGUCAUACCUACUUCAGAGCCCCCGAGCAGUAGCGGUCCAGCAGGCGAAAAGCUCAAUGAUGAAGAGCUCCGCAUUGUAGGCAUUGAGAAGUUGGCAGAACAAUUUACCAAGCUACGAUGGCAGACACCCGAGGAAAAGGCCACAUAUUUCCCUCCUGUCCGCUUCCUUCCAACGACACUCAACCCUGCAGUAUCAGUUCUGGACCCAUCUCUUCUGGACCAGCUGGACCAAAUCCACGCUGCAGGCCCUCUACGCAAGAAAAUCAAGAGCGAGAAGGAGAUUUCAGACAUGACGCUGAAUGCUAUUGCGAAGGCCAUGCGAGAGGACGAUGGAGUGCCCAUAAAGAACUAUCAAUGGCAUCACAGGCAGUACCCGGAUUCUUUCAUUGGGUUUGACUUUGUUUCCUGGAUGGUUCGUGAAUUUCGGGAUGUGUCAUCUAGAUCGCAAGGAGCGGAAUGGGGUGUCAAGCUGAUGGAGCAGGGCUUGUUUGAACACUGUAGAGGAUAUCACAAUUUCUUAGAUGGACAUUACUAUUAUCACUUGAAGGGGGAGUACUCCAUCCCGAUGACCCCUAGUAGAACAAGAUGGUUCACAAGACGACCGACGGGUGUAGAGAGUGGUGAUCGAUUGGGCUCUGUACCAAGGAGAGGGACGGCUGGACGGAAACACAGGAAGACAUUAAUUUUGAGCCAAACCAUGGUCAUUGACGUUGAUCCUAACAAGCGAAGCGACCAGGCAGAGACGGUUGUACUUCAUCACGAUAUCAUGCAUAACCCAGGAACAGUUUUCCACUUUGAGCUCCAGUGGAUUGGUACCACCGCACGCUGCAUCGAAGACCAACUGCGUCAAUGGAGCCGGAUCAUUGAAAAGUACGGAUUGAAAUUGGUCGAAGCAUAUGUGACCGAAAUCAGCGAUAUCCGUGAACGCAACGCAUUCCAGUCCUGUUUUCCUCUUCGACUUGCUGUCCCUCCCCCAUCUGUACCAGAUCUAGAAAAACGAAUACCAGAAGGAGAGCAAGCCCAAAGAUACUUUGAGUAUGAGCUCCUCCGUCGAUUUGGCUUCAUUGUCGACGUCGAAGCUGGAGAGCUAUACCCAAAUACGGUUGACGUGGUCUAUUCGUAUCGCAGAGCACCCUUCCGAUACUCCCAGUUUGUCCAUCGUUCUGGGGUUGCCUUCGUCCAAGUUCUGGGUGGCAGUCAAGGGUUCUUGUUUCUCAUGAAUCGGCUAAUGGGGCCAGGCAGGUUAGGGACCUCAAAGACCAAAGAUGAUCGGCUCUCUUCUGCUGCGGAGAAAAUCAGAUUCGAUUUGACUGCGUUCUGCUCUGAUGAAAAGACAUUGACGGCCUUCUAUGAAGAAUUGCUUGCAUCGCUGGCACCCGUUCCGGAGGAACCACCUCCGUUGAGUAUAUAG